AUGUACGACGCACAAUGGCUCGCUGGUGGACAGCAUGAUGACAUUGAGACGGAAGACAACGCCGACAGUGAAUCGGUGUUUUUCAUGGCCAUGCCCAACCCCGCCGCCGACAAUGACGACAGCAAUGGCGAUGAAACAUCACGGCGCCAGCCCGUCGCCAGACUGGUCGGCAUGAAUCAAGAGGACAUCAUGCAGCUGCCGCCAGAAGAACUGGCCGGUUUGGCGCUCGGCCUCGAUGCCGACCAGUCAGACGAUAGCGACCGACGCUAUGGCCCAUACGGCGAUGAUUACGCCAGCCGCACCGACCUCAGUUUUGUCAUGGCCUCGCCCAGCAUACUCGUUGCCGCGCCUGACGACGCCAGAGACUUGUCCGUUUCGCCAGAACAAUCGGCCAAGCGUGUGCGGCGUAGCGGAUCGCCUUUGUGGGGUAGCUCGCCCCCGACCUACGCAAGCAAUAUGGGGUUUCCAUCGGGCGGCUUUGGGAAGGCGAACGAGGACGAAACCGAUGAUCAAGGUAGCCAAGACUUCUACACAAGCAACGUUCCCGCUACGGAUCUGAACGACGCCGAAACAAUUGAAUUGAAGGCGCUAGGCUAUGAGGACGACGACGAUGGCGGCCAGGCGGCGUUUGAUGGGCCUUUUGCGUUUGGCGCUGCCGCAACCAAAAGCUGGCGCAAUAACCUGCAACGCGCUGACGACCCCGAGUAUCUUUCGCGCAUCCUGCGCGAACCCAAUUCGCCAUGGCAAUGGUGA